AACUUAUAUAUUUAUCCCUUUCACAGACUUUCAUUGAAUCAGUAUUCAGAUUCAGUAAGUUUGUUUAUUCAGAUUUCAGAAUACCUAUUUAAAUUCCGAUCACAAAACCAGCCAGGAUUAAAUACAAAUAGUUUAAAGAAUAUUAGGAGAACCGAGAAAUAAUCUACUUGUCUUAACUUGAGCCAUUGUGUGAAUUGUGUCGUGUUUUGUUUCUACAUCGAUAAAUUUUGUCCCCGCCAAGCCCCUCGGCCUAGAGUCAUGGUGUCGUGGCUGCCGCACGUGACCUCGUUCUGCUGCUGUCUGGGGCUGGAGGCCGGCGCCAAGGUCACGGGAUUCCUGCAUCUGCUGCUAUCCCUCUUCCUCGUGGUACUAUGCUCGUACUACUCCGUCCAGUUCCAUCAGUACAAGGGUACAGUCGACGACGCGGACGGCGUGUAUAGUACGUCGUAUGCCGUGGCGGUGACGGUGACGCUGUUGAGCACGGCGCAUGCGGUGGCCGCGACUGUACUGCUGUAUGGAGUUUAUAAGCGCAACACGACGGCUCUCCGCGCGUGGGUCUACGUGAUGCUGGUGUUACUAGUCGGAGGGGUGUUGUACAAUGUGGUGGUGUCUAUCAAGUUCGGGUUCGCUGGGUCCGGGUCGGAUAUUUUCCUGACCUUCGCUGAAGGCUUCUUUGCUUACUGCGUAAUCUUCUACUUCAUAAUAACCAUAAACAGUUACUACAUGAUGGUGAAAAGCUGCGAAGAUAUGGACGGACCAAAAUACGACUACUGAGAAACGACCGAUAGAUAAGUUAUUUUAAACCUACUUUAUUUUAUUACCUAUAUAAAUAUUUAUUUACUUUUCGACACAUAGAUAACUGCCGAUGAAGAAAAUAAUGCAUUUAAUAGCAUUCAAAAAGUUUUUUUAAAUAUUGAAGAUGAGUAAUAAGGAUAGGUAUAAUAUGCGCCAAUAAAGAUCGAAUCUCAAAUGACGGUUUGGACUGUAAGAAAAACGGGGAUGCAAGAUAUGCGAUGUGUAGUUAUUUAGUCAGAGGGAAUGAUUUAGAACCGCCAUAAGAUUAGCAUUUCUUUAUUGGCGCCGCUUAUGAAACAUUAUUUGGCAUAUAACUAUAUUGAAAGAUGAA